CGAGGAGGGGGGCGAGGAAGGAGCAAUUGCCUUAGAUCGCCACCGGACGCUUCUAGCGUUGUGAUCGUCAUCGACGCUGUUUUAGUUUCAGUUGAAAUUUGGAACUUGUCCGCGCGCACAUGUUUAUUGUGUAGGCCUACUUCGUAGUUUGCUUCAAAAAAUACGUGUUUAUAUGGAUUUUGUCAAACGAGCCGUGCAAAGUGAUACCUGUGUAGUAGGCCUAAAGUGGUGGAGAAAAAAGUGUUGAAAUAUUAAAUUUCAUCAUAAAGAGCGGUUUUACUUCCAAUUGAAAAAAGAUGAAAUGAGUAAUUGGAGCUGGUAACUAUUAUUCACUCUACGUGAAUGAUAUCAAUAAAAUGGGAAAGUUGUUGAGUCUCUUAGCUAGAGAUGAUUCCAAUUGCUGUUCUCCACAGAAAUACGAUGUCUUCCUUGACUUUGAAAAUGCACAACCAACCGAAGGUGAGAAGGAUGUCUAUGAGGAAGUUGAAAAGGUUAUGCUGAGUGCGGAGAAUAUUCUAGAAGAACUGGGAAUGUAUAAAGGGGCAGGAAGAGAGAUAAGGGAGGCGAUAACCACACCCAACGAGGACCAUGUUCGCAGAGCGUGGAUCACCGUUCUUCCGCUAGUCACCAAGCUAAAAUCGUUCUACGAUUUCUCCCUGGAGCUCGAAGCCAUAGUUCCAAAGAUUUUGGGUGAACUGUGCUCUGGGGCCAUGACACCAACACAACAUCUAGAAACGCAGCAAGCUCUAGUCAAACAAUUUGCUGAAAUUCUGGAAUUCGUUCUCAAGUUCGAUGAAUACAAGAUGAAAACGCCGGCGAUCCAGAACGACUUCAGCUACUACCGGAGAACGGUGAACCGGAUGCGGAUGUGCCGCGACCAGGAGGACAGCAUGCCCAGUGCGCCGGACGUCUCAGUCGAGGUGGCCAAUCGCAUGUCUCUGUUCUACGCACACGCCACGCCCAUGCUCAAAGUGCUCAGCGAGGCCACGUCCAGAUUCGUUCAGGAGAAAACUGAAAUACCAAUUGAAAAUACAACAGAGACACUGAGUACGAUGGCAAAAGUUUGUUUACGUAUGUUGGAGAGUCCAAGCCUAAUAGCUCAGUUCCAGAGAGAAGAGACGCAACUGUUUGUGCUGCGCGUGAUGGUAGGUCUGGUGAUUCUGUACGACCACGUCCACCCUCACGGCGCCUUCGUCAAGGCGUCUAAUGUCGACGUCAAGGGAUGCGUCAAACUACUCAAAGAUCAGCCUGCUGUACGUUCUGAAGGGCUUCUCAAUGCUCUAAGGUACACGACCAAACAUCUAAACGAGGAUGCGACUCCGAAGCACAUCAAGAAUCUACUUGCAGCGUGAUCCUGCUUGGGUGAGCUUGGAGUCAUUAGAGCGUUGCGGC